AUGGUUCGCAGCGGUGUCGAUUCAGUUGGUUAUAGCUUGUCUGUGGAACACGGUACCAAGAUUAAGCUAGAAAGCUACGGUAGCGUAUACCAGCAGAACAUCAAACUUUCCUCAGAGGUUGUCUGUUCUCAUACCAACUUGCAGCCUCAAUAUACGGACUUUUCAAAAGAUGCCAACGGUCAUCAGCCUAAGCAGGAACCGCCCCUGAAAUUUGCUUCUGAACUUUUGGCGCCAUCCAUUCCUGUUUCUGCUCAACCCUCUCCCUUGAUGCAAGGCUAUAUUCCCGAAAUAAAUUCCUGCAUGCCCAUGCUAAUUCCUUCUACUGCUGUCAACAACAAGUCCGAUUUUCUCAAAGCGGAUGGCGUUGCCCCGCAGAAGACUGAGUACUGUUUUGCUGAUGGCUCGGUCUCCCCGGGUCUUCCCGCUUCUCAAUCCACGGACACAUCUUUUCGCAAAUAUCAGUGUCUUGAUACCACGGUCAAUUUGGCUCAAUCUGGACAGCCCUCAACCGACGCAAAUUUAGCACCACCACCACCACCUCCGCCACAACAACAGCAGCAAGCACCUUCAGCGCCUCAUUCACAGUCUCGAAGCGCCUUUGUGAGCCCUCCACGGACAAGCACAGUGAGUGAGGCUCUAUUUGUCCAAAUCAUCGUCUCAAGGUGCAAACGGAUCGCUCCACUCUGGUUCCGAGGCAUUUCUUCCAUGCGUGAGCGAAAUCGCGAAGAGAAUCGGCGAACGUCUACAAAUUCUGGACAAACUCAGAACGAUUGGAGCAUCAUUGCUGGAAAAAUUCGCGUACGGUUGUGA